AUGUGGCUUCUCAAUACGAAGACCCUCGCCCUUGAGAGCUUCACGGACCCAUCAGAGGUUGAGUACGCGAUACUCUCGCACACAUGGGACAACGACGAGGUCUCUUUCCAGGAAAUGUCCUCCACCGCUAUGGCAACGACGACCAAGAGCAAGGCAGGCUUUGGCAAGGUCGCAAAGACCUGUGAAAUUGCACAGGAGAAGGGCCUGGGAUACGCGUGGGUCGACACCUGCUGUAUCGACAAGUCCAGCAGCGCCGAGCUCAGCGAAGCCAUUAACUCCAUGUUUCGAUGGUACCAGGAGGCGAAGGUCUGCUUGGUACUUGUCUCGGAUCUCCGCCCGGAAGUUGGCGGCACUGGACCUGGGGUCUAUGAGAUAUCCGACCUGUCUAGGUGUAAGUGGUUCAGUCGCGGCUGGACUCUGCAGGAGCUCAUCGCACCGACUGUCGUGGAGUUUUACGAUGCUGGGUGGGCGUUGAGGUUCUCCAAGGACGAGUGGCCGGUGUGCCUAUCUACUAUAACCAACAUCGAUGUCGAAAUCUUGACAUUCGAGAAGGAACUAUCCGCUGUUCCCGUCGCCGUCAGGAUGUCCUGGGCAGCACAUCGCCGAACGACACGUGUCGAGGAUCAUGCCUACUCUCUCCUCGGGCUCUUUGACAUCCAUAUGCCCAUGAUCUACGGCGAGGGCCCCAAAGCCUUCCAGCGGCUCCAGGAAGAGAUUGCCAAGGGCACGGAUGAUUUGUCGCUUUUCGCUUGGGUAGCAGUUGAUGAAGAACAGCGUGAGGGGCGGCCCUCUGGCGGUUUCAUCGACAUAUGCGUCAGGAAGACGGUCUCAAGCUCAGAGAGCCGGAGACUCGAGCAGCGGCCGGGCUACUUCUUCAAGCUGGAGUGGCCUCCGGGAGACUACCUCAACAGAAGUGGCAAGCUUCUCUUGGUCGAGCCAAGCGAUCUCUGGGAACCCGUCCAUCGGGGAUUCGUGGGGGAAGCUCAGACUGAAGAUUUUAGGGGCAUCAUCGAGGUGUCUUUGCACGCGCUGCCGGAGGAUGUUAAAGUCUCUUUAUUCCUAUACAAGGCCAAAGAUCAACCCCCUAAAGUCCAGCUCUUCCUGGUCCCAGACUGGCCCUGGGAGCUGAAGGAGGGCCAAUACCACUUCCCUGAGUAUAUGUUCUCGAACAUGCAUAUGGAGUUGUAUAAGCGUUCCCUAGUAUAUUACUCUCCUAGUAAUCUGUCGUCUGCUCGGGCCACUGCCGACGAUCGCCAGUCCCCUGCCGAUGUGACCUUCACGGCAGAAGUGGACGAGGAAAUGCGCCUUAUAUUAUCUUGUAAAUAUAUCAAGGGGCUUCAAACGGCACAGGAGCCUCAAAAUCACAGGAGCAGGAAGGACUUCCGUUACUAA